AUGUCCCGCCUGAUUGUCAAGGGACUGCCGACGUACUUGACGGAUGCGCGACUGCGUGAACAUUUUGCGCAGAAAGGCACCGUGACUGAUGUCAAGCUCAUGCGGCGUCCAGAUGGUACGUCGCGGCGGUUUGGCUUCGUGGGUUUUCGAACGGAGGCCGAAGCGGAGGCAGCGCGUGCGUACUUUGACCGCACGUAUAUGGAUACGUCGCGCAUUUCUGUGGCUAUGGCCAAACAGAUUGGUGAUGAGGAACUGGAGGCGAAGAAAAAGGCUGGGAAGCCCGAUACCCCUGUAGCGCCUCCGAAAGAUACCAAGAAGCAGCCCAAGGAAAACAAGGGCGCUUCGUUUGAAGAGUUCAUGUCGGUCAUGGCGCCCAAACUGAAGCGCAAGUCGUGGAUGAACAAUGAGGACCUUGGUGCACAAGCGCCCAAGGAGCCAGAUGCGGUCCCUGAGCCGAAGAAGAAGCGGAAGCAGGAGCAGGCGGUGCAGGCACCGACGGACGGUGCAGCCGCCGAUGAGGCCCUCUCGGAUCUCGAGUACAUGCGUCGGCGCAUGCGACACAAGGUGGCGGGUGAUGAGCCGAAGGCAUUUGAGCAGAGUGAUGAGGAAAGCGAGAGUGACGACGAGGACGCGGAAGAGGCACCGGCCGCCGAGGAAGAAGCUGCCGCGCGUCGUCGCGCGCAAUUGGAGGAGAAGCAACGCAAGGAUGAGGAGAAUGUGGAUACGAUCAUGGAGUCAGGGCGCCUUUUUGUGCGCAACCUGCCUUUUUCCGCCACCGAGGACGAGUUGGCUGCGAUGUUCGAGUCGUAUGGAUCUGUGGAGCAGGUGCACAUUCCCGUGGAUGCUCAGACCAAGACGUCCAAGGGCCUGGCGUUUGUCAAGUUUGCCGAUCCUGCGCAUGCGCUGCUCGCGUAUCGUGGCCGCGAUGGGGCUAUUUUCCAGGGCCGCCUGCUGCAUGUGCUGCCGGCUGUGGACUUGGCGCCUAAGCCCUUGGCGUCUUCUACGCUCAAGCAAAAGCGGUGGGAGGCGAAAAAGGCGAUGGCCGGCAAGGACUUCCAGUGGGGUAUGCUGUACAUGAACAGUGAUGCGGUGGCGUCGUCGAUUUCGGAUCGCUUCGACGUGCCCAAGUCUGUGUUGCUCGGCACGGACGACGACGGAACGGGCGCGAGUCCCGCGGUGCGACUGGCGCUCGCUGAGACGCGCAUCAUACAAGAAACGAAGCAGUUCUUUGCGGAUCACGGCAUGCAUCUCGAUGCGCUCGAGCGUGUCAAGACGCGCACCGACGAUACGAUUUUGGUGAAAAAUAUACCCUACGGCACGGGCGCCGACGAGAUCCGUGCGCUGUUUGCUCGCUACGGCGACGUGGCCCGUGUCCUGAUCCCGCCGUCGAAUACGAUUGCCGUCGUCGAGAUGCCGGUGGUGAACGAGGCACGCGCCGCGUUCCGUGCGCUUGCGUACAAGCGCUUCAAGGAUGCGGUGCUGUACUUGGAAAAGGCGCCCACGGGCUUUUUGCCGCCGCGCGACGCGUCUCAGCCCGAGACGGUGUCUGGCGUGCAGGGCAAGCAGGCGCCGGACUCGAGUCGUGCGCUACUCGAGACGAACGAGGCGGCGGCCGAUGGCACACUCUACAUCAAGAACCUGAGCUUUGCUACGACGAGCGAGCGCUUGGCCGAUGCGUUCCGAGCGCUCGAUGGCUUUGUGUUUGCACGCGUCCAGACCAAGCCGGAUCCCAAGCAGCCGGGUCAUCGACUGAGUAUGGGCUAUGGCUUUGUGGGCUUCACGCGUGCGGAGCAUGCCCAGCGGGCCCAAGAGGUGAUGCAGGCGCAUGUGCUCGACGGGCAUACGCUGGCCGUGUCGCUCGCGCGUCGUGGCCACGACGAGGCACCGAUCCCGCGUGCGCCAUCAGCCAAGAUGCUGGUCAAAAACAUGCCCUUCGAGGCGACAAAGAAAGACAUUCGCGAGCUCUUUGGUGCGCAUGGCGUCCUCAAAAGCGUGCGUGUGCCCAAGCAGGUGCACGGGCGGACGCGCGGCUUUGCGUUUGUCGAGUUUGUGUCGCGCCGUGAGGCGGAGAAUGCUAUGGCCGCGCUGCGCCACACGCACUUGCUAGGCCGUCACCUGGUGCUGGAGUGGGCCGGGGACGCUGACGGCACGGCCGGUGUUGAGGAGCUGCGUGCCAAGACACGUGGCGCGUUCGUCGGCGAGGCAGACAAGCACCGCGCGCUUGGCCAGCGUGCCAAGAUCCGCAUGGGCACAGAGCAGGUAGCCGAGGCGGCGGCCCGGGAGCGGGCGGAGCAGAGCGACGACUAG